UAUCCUAACGGGGUUAUAAAAACAGCGCCCUCGGCGGGGUCCAGUCCUCUGCCACUCUCGCUCCGAGGUCCCCGCGCCAGAGACGCAGCCGCGCUCCCACCACCCACACCCACCGCGCCCUCGUUCGCCUCUUCUCCGGGAGCCAGUCCGCGCCACCGACGCCGCCCAGCCCAUCGCCACCCUCCGCAGCCAUGUCCACCAGGUCCGUGUCCUCGUCCUCCUACCGCAGGAUGUUCGGCGGCCCGGGCACCGCGAGCCGGCCGAGCUCCAGCCGGAGCUACGUGACUACGUCCACCCGCACCUACAGCCUGGGCAGCGCGCUGCGCCCCAGCACCAGCCGCAGCCUCUACGCCUCGUCCCCGGGCGGCGUGUAUGCCACGCGCUCCUCUGCCGUGCGCCUGCGGAGCAGCGUGCCCGGGGUGCGGCUCCUGCAGGACUCGGUGGACUUCUCGCUGGCCGACGCCAUCAACACCGAGUUCAAGAACACCCGCACCAACGAGAAGGUGGAGCUGCAGGAGCUGAAUGACCGAUUCGCCAACUAUAUCGACAAGGUGCGCUUCCUGGAGCAGCAGAAUAAGAUCCUGCUGGCCGAGCUCGAGCAGCUCAAGGGCCAGGGCAAGUCGCGCCUGGGGGACCUCUACGAGGAGGAGAUGCGGGAGCUGCGCCGGCAGGUGGACCAGCUAACCAACGACAAAGCCCGCGUCGAGGUGGAGCGCGACAACCUGGCCGAGGACAUCAUGCGUCUCCGGGAGAAAUUGCAGGAGGAGAUGCUUCAGAGAGAGGAAGCCGAGAACACCCUGCAAUCUUUCAGACAGGAUGUUGACAACGCGUCUCUGGCACGUCUUGACCUUGAACGCAAAGUGGAAUCUUUGCAAGAAGAGAUCGCCUUUUUGAAGAAACUCCACGAAGAGGAAAUCCAGGAGCUGCAGGCUCAGAUUCAGGAACAGCAUGUCCAAAUCGAUGUGGAUGUUUCCAAGCCUGACCUCACGGCUGCCCUGCGUGACGUACGUCAGCAAUAUGAAAGUGUGGCUGCCAAGAACCUGCAGGAGGCAGAAGAAUGGUACAAGUCCAAGUUUGCUGACCUCUCUGAGGCUGCCAACCGGAACAAUGACGCCCUGCGCCAGGCAAAGCAGGAGUCCACUGAGUACCGGAGACAGGUGCAGUCCCUCACCUGUGAAGUGGACGCCCUUAAAGGAACCAAUGAGUCCCUGGAACGCCAGAUGCGUGAAAUGGAAGAGAACUUUGCCGUUGAAGCUGCUAACUACCAAGACACUAUUGGCCGCCUGCAGGAUGAGAUUCAGAAUAUGAAGGAGGAAAUGGCUCGUCACCUUCGUGAAUACCAAGACCUGCUCAAUGUUAAGAUGGCCCUUGACAUUGAGAUUGCCACCUACAGGAAGCUGCUGGAAGGCGAGGAGAGCAGGAUUUCUCUGCCUCUUCCAAACUUUUCCUCCCUGAACCUGAGGGAAACUAAUCUGGAUUCACUCCCUCUGGUUGACACCCACUCGAAAAGGACACUUCUGAUUAAGACGGUUGAAACUAGAGAUGGACAGGUUAUCAACGAAACUUCUCAGCAUCACGAUGACCUUGAAUAAAAAUUGCACACACUCAGUGCAGCAAUAUAUUACCAGCAAGAAUAAAAAAGAAAUCCAUAUCUUAAAGAAACAGCUUUCAAGUGCCUUUCUGCAGUUUUUCAGGAGCGCAAGAUAGAUUUGGAAUAGGAAUAAGCUCUAGUUCUUAACAACCGACACUCCUAAAAGAUUUAGAAAAAAGUUUACAACAUAAUCUAGUUUACAGAAAAAUCUUGUGCUAGAAUACUUUUUAAAAGGUAUUUUGAAUACGAUUAAAACUGCUUUUUUUUCCAGCAAGUAUCCGACCAACUUGUUUCUGCUUCAAUAAAUCUUUGGAAAAACUC